UUAUUAUGAAGCGAAACUGUUAUUUGGUUCUUCGUUUUCAUCCCUCAUCUGGUUACUCACCACGCCAUAAUUCAAAGAAUGAGCUAUUGAGCAUAAACAAGCAAGUUGUUGCCGUUCUUCACAAUAAACGCCACAUGUUUGACAUUACAGAACUGCAGGCUAGAGUGAUCAUAUGGUUGGCAAGUCAAGAAAUGGAAGAAAAAGAUGCUAGCAUGGGACCAGCUCCAACACCAUCGCUUUUAUUACAACCUAAAGCACUAUUAGUGCAUGCACCGAAUGGCAUUUCCAUAAAGAGAUCCCUUCGGAAUUUCCUUCAGAGGAGAAAGAAGAGGUCUCAAAGUCACAUCGCCAUUGCAACUCAUAGUAGCACAAAUUAG